AUGGCCCCAGCUAACGGCGAGUCGAUCGAUGCCCUCAAGGAUCUCAUCAGCAGCUUGGAGUCUCGGAUAGUUGGAUUGGAGCAGGCUUUGCUCAAUGGCGGUAACUCAGAGUCCAAUUCGGCCGCUCAGUCGAUGCGGAUGAUCCUGAUGGGCCCUCCAGGUGCAGGCAAGGGAACCCAAGCGCCUAAGAUCAAGGAGAAAUUCUGCUCUACAGGUGAUAUGCUUCGAUCACAGGUUUCCAGGCAAACCGAGCUGGGCAAGGCAGCGAAGAAGAUUAUGGACCAAGGCGGGCUUGUCUCUGAUGAGAUUAUGGUCGGCAUGAUUAAAAAUGAGCUGGAAUCGAACACGGAGUGUAAGAAGGGUUUCAUCCUCGAUGGGUUCCCUCGAACAGUCGCCCAGGCGGAGCGAUUAGAUGACAUGCUCCGUGAGCGCAAGCAGGCGCUGCACCAUGCCAUCGAGCUCCAGAUUGACGAUGGUCUUUUGGUUUCCCGGAUAACGGGCCGAUUGAUCCACCCUGCAUCUGGCCGGUCUUAUCACAAGAUCUUUAACCCCCCAAAGAAGGAGAUGACGGAUGACAUUACUGGAGAACCAUUGGUUCAGCGCUCUGAUGACAAUGCUGAGGCCUUGAAGAAGCGAUUGGUUACCUACCACGCCCAAACCGCUCCAGUUGUCGGAUACUACAAGAAGACCGGUAUCUGGAGUGGAAUCGAUGCCAGCCAGGAGCCCGGCCAAGUCUGGAAGAGCAUUCUAGGAGUCUUUGAGAAGAAGGAGUCUCCAAUUCUUAGCAAGCUCGGCUUGUCCAAGUAA